UUGGAGACGAACCCGGCCCAGAGACCACAGAGUCCUUCUUGCCCCUCAAGCGACCCAGCACAGCGGCCGCGCGCGCCGUGACCUUAUUCAGCGCGGCUUCCUCGCCUAACCUGAAAAAGAGUUUUGCUGCUCUGCGUCCGUCCGCGUCUCUGACUUUGAGACCGAGCGCGCCCAAGACCGCACGCUUCAGACUUUGCAAACCAAUCGGCGUCUCCGACUCCAGUGUGACCCCGAAAAAGGCGAUGGCGGACUGUGAUGGACCUGAAAGGCAAACACAACCUGAGGAGGACGCUCUUCGUUAUGAUUACAGUCCCGAGCUGGAUUUGAUGUUCGCUGUAGGCACCAAGGAGGCCUUUUUGACGAUUGACCUCAGGGAUAUUUCAUACGUUGACCUGGUCCACUCAUUGCUUUUCAACGGUGAUGUUGUUCUCUUCCAAAUGGAGUGGGUCUGUUUGGCAAGCAUUAUGAUUCGGAGGCUGGGUGCCCGUGGCGUUCCUCUUUGCCAGCGGCAGCUUUGCCAACGGUGUUUUCGCCCGGCGUUUCACAGAAGAGGAUGUGGCCACUGCAGCCUCUGCCCCAGUUGCGGAGGAGUGGAUCGCUGUGUGCAAUGCAACGCCGAGCAAGUGAGCCAGGACGAAACUGACGAAAAUCUGCCUGAGGGGUGGUCUCUGCUUGCCGAUCAGCAAUUUGUCACCUUUUCUGAAGCCGACGCCGAGAGCCUGUCCAAAAUGAUGAAACUGGUUCGUCAAGGAGGGCUGAAGGAAGAAAAAUGGAGUGAGGUGGAGGAGGUGCUGCAACACUUCAACCAGCAAGAGCUGAUCGAACUCUUCGAGAUCAACAGAACCUUCACUGGCAUUCAUCUAGGUGAAGUUCCUGAAGAAGUCCUGCGCAGCAUGCUCUUGUCCUGCCUGCUUGCCCGAAGCGAGGUCAAGUGCCAGACCUGCAGCCUCCACGGGCGUCCGAUUCCAAACAUCAGGACAAUUUUGCACGCCUGCAUACAUUCAAAUUUCUGCUACGAAUGCGUCAAGGCCAACUAUUGCAUAUGCAAAGAGCGUUACUGUGUGGAACACCUAUCGCAAGGUCACACGGUUGUCAAGCACACCAUUUUUAAUAAUUAAUUUUGAGCCUAAAAUCGUUUUUUUAAGUCGCUGUAAAACCUAGGGCAACCACUCCAUAUAAAAUGACCCUAUUUUUGUCGGUGCCUCCAAAAUUGUUGGUUAAAUAAGUUUAUUGUGCUUGCCUAUGGGCCGAAAUCAUAUUGAAACCUAAUUUGUAUAUCAUUUUUUCUGAGCAAAAUUUGAUAAGUGUGAGAGCUAAAAAAGCGAGUGCAAAUAAUGUCAUAGAUAUGUUUGUGAUUUUAAGAGUUGCGGCACUCGCUGGUGCAAUUUUUCAUUUGCAAUAAUAAACUAUAAUUAUUAUUUAAGAGAAGCAUAAAAGAAAACAUGUCAUUUAUUUAGAAUUUUAUUCACCUUCUUAUACCACAAAUCAUUACUGAACAUUUUGCAUUUUUUUUUUUAAAUUUACAGCUCUUAUAAUUUUUUUAUAUUUUCAUUUUGUAAUGAAACGAAAUUUAUGAUUUGACUGAGCGCUCUAAAAAAACUUUUUACGAUGCGGUGGUCAAAAACUCUCUGAUUUUUUUUAGGCUGAAGAUUUUUUUUUAUCAAUUUAUCCUAUUGAAAUUGAAAAACGUAAACAGUAACCAAAACUUUGUUGAUGAGCAAUGAAAAGAAUGCUUUUUGCCAUUGUUCUUUGGCCGCCGCAGAUGGAACAGAAAAAAUAAGGUGGCCGCGCACACACGAAUGAAUGAAAUGAGAAGGUUGUGUGUUUGCAAGUGGGAGUGGAAGAAGCUGGAGCCGCGCUCGCCCAAGAACGGCUCGGCUUCACACCCUCCUGAUCGGCAACCUCCUUCCUCUUCUCGCCAACUGCAGCUACGACCCCCAAAAUAACAUAUUCUGUGGAUGGGCCGCAACUUGGCCAGGGAAAAUUUAAUUUUUAGCAAAAUUUCUUCAUUACUUUAUUUGCAUUUUUACAUUGUCUUUCUCUUGGCAAAUGUAAGUGAAAAUUGCACGACAAAAGAUGAAUUGUGUGAAAAUUAAAAAUUAUUUUAAAAUGGAUAUUUGUUAUCUUGUAUUGAUAUCAAUUUGUUCUAUAAAAAUAAGAGGUCAUGUUCACUAUUAAAUGUUCACUAAAAAAAACCAAAUCCAUGAAAUGAAUUAUUCUGAUGGACACCGUGAUUUUCAAUUUCGGACUCAAGAUGCGGAAACUCUUAAUUUGUCUUUUGCUCUUUAUAACCAUUUAACCGUCUUGUGCGUUUAUCAACUAAUGGCGACUAAAUAGUAAUUUGUACUUCUGUUUCUACAAUUAUUUCAGUU